UCUUCUCUGCACAGACACCUAUUCUGUAGGCUAUAUCAUGCUAAUCUUAAUGUAUGUUAUUAACAGGGUAAAGACAGGGAAAUGGACGCAGAUUCACGCUAACUUUGUUACCGAGCAUAAUUUUUCUGAUGGAAAAUCAAAGGGGCUGACAGAAGCAGGCAUUUAAUCGUAUCGAGCGGUUUUGUGGUGCCUUUUGAGAGGGCAUUGCUCUAGUUAUGUCAUUCUUUGACCGCUUGCCUGUCAUGUGAGCUGAAACAUCCAGAUCUAUAAUAUGCAGCACAAGGCUGAGUGGACAAGGAUGCUGGUGGAAAAGCUGUCGCCUAAUGAAAAUGCAACGAUCGUUAUUAUGCAUGGCAGUGUAAACAUGCCGUCCUAACGCGGUCCCGGUGGGCUCGAUCAGAGAUGUUAUUUUAGGAGGUUAGGUCUUCGAGGAGCUGCAGUGGUCCACCGGCAGACGACACAGGCUCCCGGGAGAGGAUCGCGGCAGCCCGAUGCUGCAGAUUGCGGCGCUCGGAGCCUGGCUUCUCCUUACGGCUACAAAUAAACAAUGAGUCCGGGAGACACAAUUCAUGGCACGGCACCCAUAGAAACCCAUUUCCUUAAACUAGUUGGUCGACCAGAGCUUGUCGUCGCAAACCGCAAUCGUAUGGGGAUAUUGUACAUCGGCGCGGCACUCCUUCUCGAUCUCCCCCUGGUAACCAGCACCUCAGGACCAAUCGAAGUUGACAGGAACUACUCCGAAGCCUAUGAGGAAGUCACCCUUCUGUGCAGGAAGGAGGAGCUAAACUUUGGGAACUGCCUGUUCGAUUGGCUGCGAUGUUAUAAUAGGAGGGGUUGUGGCAGGGAUUACAUGUUGAUGAAACUGAUCUGCUCAGAAGUGAGCUCAAACCAGAGCAGCCCAGCCCAUGAGUAUCCCGACUGCCGGGAGGGUGGCAGUGAGGCCAGCCUGCUGGUGUCCCCGCUGGUGGUGGCGGGCAUCGUCAUCGGCCUGGUGCUCUUUCUGUCCUGCGUCACCAUCAUCGUGGGCAGCCUGAGGAAGGAUGGACGGCUGCGCAACCCACACCUGCGCGCCAGUUACGCUCCAGAUGGAUAUUCCUACAGUGGGUCCAUCGGUGAGCUGAGGUCCACAUGCAUCGAGGAGCUCCCCCCGGUGUUCGACUUCGACUCCUACAUGGAAUCCCUCUCGCAGGUCAACGUGCUGUACCCAGACUCACCGCCCAACUAUGAGGAGUGUGUGGGACCGGGAGCCACACAGAUCUACAUUCCCACCGACGACCCACCUCCGUACUCUCUCACGGACCCGUGCCGGUGGAGGGAGCAGCAGGAGGUGCACUCCUGCCUGGAGGCGGGAGAGUUCCCAAACGCAGCCUCCUGGGCAAUGGGCGGCAGGGCCUUCCCAAGUUCGAGUGGACCCCAGGGGGCAAUACAGCAACCGAUCGCCUCCGUGGCCCUGGCGGCCCUCCCAGCGGAGGCCGCGCCCCCCUACGAGGCCAUCGCAGGCGACGGACAUAACCGCCCCAUCCCUCUGAUCCCCAUGGAUCUGCCCAAACACACGUCGCCGAACAGCACGGCUCGGCAAGCCAUGCCGCACGGAAUCCUCUAGGCUGCACUACGAUGUGGGCAAGGCAAGCACAAUACCUCCUGUGUUUCCAACAGCUAACCCUUAGCUUGUUUUUCCCCACUCGAGUAACCCCAGUCAUCCGAAGGAAGCAGACCCAAGAGAACAGCACAAAUGUACUAGUCUGAAAUGAAGCCUUCACGGAGACUUCCUCUCUUCCACUUCCCCGAAAAUACAAACAAAUCACACACAUACGAACAUGUCCUUGGAAGCCUCUGACACCAACUGCCACAGUGGACACUGCCAUGACAAACACAGGGCUAACGAGGAACUGAAGCCUUCUAAUGUGAUCUCCGUAUCAUUUUAUACCGUCUUCUACACUCUGUCUUUGAUAAGAUACACAUGACACAACCCACACACAAACAGAUAAUUGUAACUGCUUAUCCAAUUCAGAAGUCUGUUUAGUAGGCUUUAUAAACAGUGGUAGUUUGGUGAAUUAAAAAGAAAAAAAAAAGUAGGACGUACGAAAACUGAAAACAUUGAUAUCACAGCCCAUGAGAAUCAUAGGAAGUUAGUACAAAAUCAGUGGAACUAGCAUAAAAAUGUCGUUCUGUCUGUUUGUAACUUGCCCAGUGUAAAUGUGCGAUAGUCAAACAGGAGAAUAACUUUUCAGUCAUUUCAACAUUUUAUUUUCUUAUUUCUUUCCUAACUGGAUGAAGGAACCAGGGAUAGUAAGAUAGUAAGAGACAUUUACCUAAACCUGAAAAGCAUUGUGACACCGGAAUGGCUCCUAGUUUAGAGAGAGAGCCUUUGAAAAAUAAAUCAGGACCCAGAUUCUCUUCCCUGCUCUUCCUACGGUCAUGUUUUCAGGUUCGUGACAUGCAAAGAUGGAAGUAUCUCUCCAGAGAGUUUUAAUGGAGGUCAUUGCUCUUGCUGUCUAGGAAGCAGACAAUUGUGCGAACGGUUUAUUGUUCAGGAGACACUAUUGAUGACUGUGAUUAAUGUUAGAUUCAUGUGCUUUGCCGAUUGCAUUAGCCUGGCUUCUCCAAAGCACGACAGACAACACGCAAGUGAAUCGCAAGGCUUUGUCAACGAAGACCACCAUUUUACGUGUUACACACACCAAAGUACACAAGGAGGUAUAAAAUUCUACUGCCCAUGAGGAAUCAAGACCAAAAUCAUGAAUUUGGUUUGAUAUGCAAGAGUAUUAUUAUUUGUUUACUCUUUAUUUAUUAUACCGUUUAGCACAGUCCUGAUCUUUGCUCUUUCCUAGCAUGCUGGAUUUCCUGUAUGCUUCCUGAUGAGUCACUUAACAUCCUUCGUAUUUCUAUAACAUGUCCAGGGUUGAAUAGCUUUUUUGUAUUCAGAGCUAACAUGAAAUGGAGGCUUCCAUUCGCCAAUAUUAACCUUCUCAGAAAAUGAUGCCUAUAAAAUGCAGACUGUUAAAACUUCUGAACAGAGUAGCAGGCUCAUACUAAUUAUACAGUUAGGAGAUCUCGCCAACACCCAGGCAGAUCUCCAUACUGGCCUUCUGGAAAAAUGAGUGAAAAUGAAUCCUAAGAAAUGUCACCAUUCUCAGUACCUCCCAUUUCUCCUAAGCAUUCUUUCAUUGGACAGUAAGCGGCCAAUGACCAUGACCAGACUCAUUUCAUAGACCUUGACAUUCAAGAGCAUGGUGGCAAUGAUGCAGUUCUGUAGUGGUAUGAGAACCUUUAGACCAAGUAAAUAACAGCAGUUGCUCACAAUCAGGGCGAAGAAUCCUCUCAUUCCGAACAAAGAGUUCAUGUAACUCACUGUUAUUUAGUAUAUAUGCAACAUUAUUCCCUUUCCCUUCUUAAAAUGACCUUGUGAUUGUUUUUCAUAAAAAUAAGUCAUAAUUAUAGCCAGACUUGCAGGUUAUUGAUUAUAUUUAAAUCGCUACUCAACAUUAAAUUGAGGCUUUUGGAAAUGUUUUUAAAAUCUGGGUUUGUAAUGUGAAAAUAUAGUUAUAACUGUGUUUACCGUGGUUAAUUUAUUGUCAGUUUGUCACAAAAAAACCUUUAACAAUAACUGUUUCUUGAUGACAGUAUUGGGUCUUAUAUUUUACAGGUAGGUUAUGAAAUAAUGCAGACAGUUUGCAUAGUCACUCCAAGACGAUUGCAUUAAGAAUCCAAGAUACAUCCUUUGUUUCGAAAAAGUGACACUAUGUAUUAACAGAAACACACAACUGUAUGUGUUCACUGGAGUUUACAUGCAAAAGUGUUCUCAGAAACAUAAUAAGAGUUCCACCAUAUUUGAUAUUAUAAGCAUCAGGAUUUUGAGCCAUCUCUGUUAUCCGUUACGUCAGUGCAAGUCCCCACUUAGCACCAAAGCAACCAGGAGCAAGACUUAUCACAUUCUUACAGGAACCCAAGGGAGUGUCUCAUACUAAACUGGAAAAAGAUGGACCAAAAAGAGAGUCUAUGUUAGGCUAUAAUUUGGAUCACACUAGAUUUAUCUAAAACAUCUUGUUAAGACAUUGCACAGUGCCGACUUGGGCCAGUGGCACCAUGGACACACUUCCUAACUUACAGUGAAGUCAAAGGAAUCCCCAACACACCCCAAGAGCGAUUCUGCGUCUGUCCUGCAUCAUGAUCUGUGGUAAUAACAAGUCAUGAUAUCUUCACUGGUCCUGAAUCACAUCUAUGUUUUAUGCUUGAGUCCCUCCAUCCUCUCUCAUCCUCUGAAUAAUAAAUCACUUGCUUUCUUUUCCAGUUAUAUCAGGUAUAUAAAUAUACCAAAGUUACACUCAGUGGCCACAUUAUUAAGCACACCAAUGUGGUACUGGGUAGGAUCCACUUUUGCCUACAAGCCAUUUCAAGUUCAACAGACCACUGUUGCAAUGAGCUGUUAUUUUUGCACCUUUUGGUCUUCCUGUUAGAUUUAGCAAAUCUGGCCAUUCUCCUCUGACCUCUCUCAAUAACUCAUUAAGUUGUUUUGGCUACAGAAUUGAUUGGGUGGUUUUGUUUAUUACACCAUACCGUGUGGAAAUCCCAAGAAUGUGGCUGAUUCUGAGAAUCUGAAACCUCCAUGUGCAGAAACAGUAACACCACCACAUUCAACAUUCAGUUAAAUUUAGCUUAUUAGUCAGUUAACUGAUUUACUGUUUGGAGGUGCAGGCUGUUCGCAUUAACAAGCAGGUGUACUUAAUAAACUGGCCACAGAAUGUACCUAGAACAUAAACAAAAAAAUAAUCUUUUUUUUAAGUGAGAAAAAAUUUCUUUCUUGUAAAUGUAUCUUUUAAAAAAAAUUAAAAAAAAAAAGGCUUGCAUGGAUUUUUUUUUUAUAUAUUUAUUUUUUUGUCCCUGAUCUGCCAUAUGAACGCGGCCAUAUUUAAUGCGUUUGGUGAAGAUGCCAAUGCUGGGCCACACCCUCCCAGGUCGCCAGUGCCAUGGAAUAACACAAAUGAGACAGAACAGAUGGUCUGUGCUGAUGCACCCCCCCCAAUUAGCCUCUCUGCCCAGAGUCUGACGUCCAUUAUUGGAGCUAAUUGCAUCUAGAGCCAGUGCUUUCGGGAAAUUAGGUCUUUAAUGAUGAUUAGAAUAUGGAGUCCUGUCUACUGCAACCUAAGGUCAAUAAAUCCAGGAACUGUGUUCCCUUCCAGUCUACCGCUUCAGAACCAACAAAUGAUUUGGCGGAUGGUCCGAGCACGGGGGGAUGGGCUUCUUUAGUAGGAGCGAGAGGUCCUCGCUGCCGCAGCCAUUGUGUUCAAGGUGUGUGGUAAUUUUAGUCUGCAGAAGUACCCAUGGUGUUCAGUGAGAGGGGUCAUAGUUGUCAACGUGACAUUGUGGUCGCAUGUCUUUUAGAGAAACCUGUCUCUGUACGCAAGCUAGUACCCAAGAGGUUAUGGUGUCAAUACUCAGAAUACGAUAAUAAAUGUAGCGUAAUAUGCCUUUAAAUUUGAAUGUAUUAUUCUAAUUUUCCGUCGGUCUGUUUAACCAGGUGUGAUCACAUGAGAAUUUAUCCUCAUUCUCUUUUACAGACUGGAUGAUAAACACACACGUUGUGACCUUUUGCAACUAAUAAAGAUUAACUACAACAGA